GAGCUCGACCGGAAUCAAUCCACCGGAAACUGAGGGCGAUGAAGAUAGUGACUUACAACGUGAACGGCCUGAGGCAGCGGAUUUCCCAGUUCGGCUCUCUCCCGAAGCUCCUCAACUCCUUCGACGCCGACAUCAUCUGCUUUCAGGUGCCUCGUGUCUCCUCCCCAUGACCUCUCCUUCCUGACUCGCUUACCAGGGCUUCCAAUUCAAUCUUUUCUACUGAUCGUCAAGAAGGAUUAUGAUUCAUAGAGGAGACGAAACUCAGAAGGCAGGAACUGACGGCAGAUGUGGUCAUAGCCGAUGGCUAUGAGUCCUUCUUUUCAUGUACACGCACCUCGGACAAGGGCCGAAUGGGAUAUUCAGGGGUUGCGACCUUUUGUCGGGUUAAGUCGGCGUUUUCGAGCAAUGAGGCGGCUUUGCCUGUUUCCGCAGAGGAAGGCUUCACUGGUCUUCUUCGUAACAACACAAAGGAGGAAGCCCCUGCUGCUGUGGUGGCAGGCCUUGAGGACUUUGGAAAAGAUGAGCUUCUGCAAAUUGAUAACGAGGGGCGGUGCAUCAUUACUGAUCACAGCCUCUUCAUACUUUUCAAUUUAUAUGGUCCACGAGCUGUAUCUGAUGAUACUGAAAGGAUCCAGUUCAAGCUAAAAUUUUACAAGAUAUUGCAGAGAAGAUGGGAGCAUCUCUUGCAGCAAGGAAGGAGAAUAUUAGUUGUCGGCGACUUGAACAUUGCACCUGCUGCUAUAGAUCGCUGUGAUGCAGGCCCAGAUUUUGAAAAGAAUGAGUUUAGAACGUGGUUGAGGUCCAUGACCGUGCAAGCUGGUGGUCCUUUCUUUGAUGUUUUCAGAGCCCUGCAUCCUGAUAGAAGAGAUGCAUAUACAUGCUGGCCAUCAAAUACUGGUGCAGAACAAUUUAAUUUUGGUUCAAGAAUUGACCAUAUCCUAAGCGCUGGAUCCUGCCUUCAUGAAGACUGUGAUUCCCCAGAUCGUAACUUCAUUACUUGCCAUGUCAAGGAAUGUGACAUAAUGACACAAUAUAAGCGCUGGAAACCUGGGAAUACACCAAGGUGGAAAGGUGGUUGGAGCACCAAAUUGGAAGGCUCCGAUCAUGCUCCUGUUUAUUUGAGCUUAAUGGAAAUUACUGAUAUUCCCCUGCAUGACACUCCAUCUUCAUCUGCAAGAUAUUUCCCCAUGAUCCGUGGUCUCCAGCAAACUCUUGCAUCUUUGUUAAUGAAAAGGCAAAUGAGCGAGCAAGUUGAGGUCUGUGAGGUUCCAAAUUCAUUUUCGGUUCACAGCAGUACAAUGAGGAGUUGCAGUGGCAGCUUGAAAAGAUCAGGCGACAACUGUUCUAUACGUGAUGAGCAUUCUGAACAUUUUCCUCGCAAAGUUGGGCCUACUUCCUCACGGAAUCUGGGUCCUGAUUUCAAGAAAAAAACGAGGAAAGGCCAAUCAUCCCAGCUCUCCUUGACGUCAUUCUUCCAGAAAAGUCCAAAGUGCAGCAUCGAGGUCGGGAACCUGGGCAAUGAGUUGGAUGAUGUUUCCAAAGAACCGUCAAACAGUGACAAAGAUAGUGGUUCUCAGGAAGAUGAUCCAAUGCCUAGUAAUUCCUCUCAGGAUGAGGAUGAACUUAGCGUUAGUUGUUCCUCAGAGAAAGAGAGGAAUAACACAACUCUAUUGCAGUGGCAAAGAAUACAGCAGCUGAUGCAGAAUAAGAUCCCUAUGUGCAAGGGCCACAAUGAGCCCUGUGUCUCUAGGAUAGUGAAGAAAGCGGGUCCCAACUUUGGUCGAAGAUUCUACACCUGUGCGCGUGCUGAGGGGCCUUCCUCAAAUCCUGAAGCAAACUGUGGAUUCUUCAAAUGGUCCGGGUCGAAAUCUAAGCAGAAGUGACCAUUAAAGAGGUAAUUCCUAAUUACUAAACCAGCAUCGAGUGUAUUAUUGAUUCUGUGGUCAGUGCCCGUAGUAAAACUCUAGUAGGAAAUUUUUGUAACAAAACUAAGUAGGAAAUUUUUGUAGUGAUACUAUCCUGAGGAAUUUGAUUUCUUCUUUCUGAUCUUAAUAUUCAGAUUUCAAGGUGAAAAAUAUCAACUUGAAAUCACCUGCCAACGAGUCGGAAUUUUCAUUUUACCCACUUGUGUCAUAACUAAUAUUUGAAGUGUAUAUAUAGUUUGAGGAUCAA